AUGGAAACUCCUAGAAAAACUCCGCCCAAAGUCACCAUUCCACGAAAAAAAGCGUGCGCUCCAUGCUCCCAAUCAAAGGUCCGGUGCGACCAAACCCGACCAUACUGCACUCGCUGCGAGAAGCGUGGCAUUACAGACGAAUGUGCGUACGAAGAAUCAGCGACCCAGGAUACCGGUCGAAGCUCCUCGAGAGGCACGCCGCAAGUCUUGAAUUUUGCUGUUCUGGAUCUGGUCUGUACAAUAGAUCCCGAAGAAGUCCGCAACAGAUGGCUGAAGCUGUACCUGCCGAUGACGGAUCAAACACCAAAGUCAUACCCUCCCAAUGUCACUGCAUUUUUAUCGCGAAUCCUCAAGGCAUACUCUCUAUCACCGGUGCGCAAUGGCACGUUGCCACCUUUCGUUCACUUCUACCAACAAGCGCCGCCUUCGAUUUCGACCCCUUUGGCAAACUGUCUCACUCUUGCACGCGUCUGUGAUCAGCCAUUACCAGGAAGCCAACCUGCCGUCCAUGACACGCUCAAGCGGGAAAUGGAGAGACUGUAUUCCGAGUAUACAAGCUACGGCGAGAUGGAGUUAUUGGCGGCAUUCCAAGCUUACCUGAUCUACGCUAUGCUCAUAUACUUUCAUUUCGACGAGACAAGAGAAAGUGGGCUCCAGCAAGCCAUGCUCAACCUCCAAGACAUGGCCUGCGAGGUUUCCCGUAGAGGCCUCGUGUCCACAGCAGAGCUCAACCAUUCAAGACCCCAGUGGGAAUCCUGGAUCGUCGCUGAGGCAAAACGGCGGAGCAUCUACACGAUGUACUUGUUCGACAGCCUUCUUUGCGCCCGCGAUGGCUUGCCGACGUUCCUCGGCACAGAGCUGAGAGGUGUCCCCGCCCCUGGCAGUAAGGAACUGUGGCAGGCUACUGAUCGGGGGGCUUGGAGUCUUGCCUACAACGGAUACUUGCAUAAGUGGGGCAGCGACGGACAGCUUCGUAUUGAUGAGCUCUGGCCAGUUCCCCUGGAGUUUUCGGAAGCAGACAUCGAGAACAGACGGAGCAGAGUUGACCACUGGGUCUCGUCUUUAGACGAAUUCGGCACUAUGCUAUUCGCGGUCACAUCCAUGACUUCCAAACAUCUUUGGUAUUAUCUUGUUCAAGGCCACAUUGUUCACGGUAUCGUUGUCGAGGCGCCUGCAAACGCUAGCCCCAAACCGGCCAGUGCAUCCAACGAGCAACCAUUCAGCAUCUUUUCCAAGCCCGAGAAGGCCUUCAUAAUAAUAAUCGUCUCGACCGCCGCGACGUUCUCCGGCUUCGCCUCGAACAUCUACUUCCCCUCGCUACCGACAAUCGCAUCCGACCUGGGCGUAAGCGUCGAGCUGGUGAACCUCACAGUCACUUCGUACAUGAUAUUCCAGGGCCUGGCGCCGAGCCUAUGGGGCGCGGUCGCCGAUUCCAGCGGGCGGCGCAUCACGUACAUCUGCACGUUCCUGGUCUUCUUCGCCGCGUGCGUCGCCUUGGCCAACACCAGAAACUACGCGACGUUGGUCGCGGUCCGCUGUCUCCAGAGCACGGGCAGUGCCGCUACCAUUGCUAUUGGGUCGGGCGUGAUAGGCGACAUCACGACGCGCGCUGAGCGGGGCGGGUUCAUGGGCAUAUUCCAGGCGGGGCUCCUUGUCCCAGUGGCCAUCGGGCCAGUGAUUGGCGGCGCGCUUUCGAGCAGCCUAGGGUGGAGGGCAAUUUUCUGGUUCCUGGCCAUCUACGCUGGGGCCUUCCUCCUAUUCCUGGUAGUGUUUCUCCCAGAGACAUUGCGGGCACUGGUAGGCAAUGGCUCAGUGCCCUGCGGAGACAUCAUCAGGAAAUAUCCUCUGGCGCUAUACCAGCAUCGAUACCAACGACGCUCAUCCUCAAUGCCGCCGCAACAGUUCUCGGACCUCCCACCCAAAAAGCCCAUCAACAUCCUCGCCUCGCUCCAAGUCCUGGUCGACAAGCGCGUCGUCCCUAUCAUCGCCUUCCUCUCCUUCUACUACAUGGCGUGGCAAGUAUCGAUCACGGUGCUCUCCUCGCUCAUGAAGACGACGUACGGGCUAGACGACACGAAGAUCGGGCUCACGUUCAUCGCGAACGGCGUCGGGGCCAUGGUCGGCACCAUCUCCACAGGCAAGAUCCUCGACUACGACUACCGCGCCAUCCAGCGCAAGUGCGCCGCCGCAGCAGCUACCACGGGCAGAGAGGUCGCGAUACCACUCGACACGGCGCGCCUGCGCACCGUCUGGGUCUGGAGCGCCAUGCAAGUGGCCUCGCUGCUCGUGUUCGGCUGGAGCCUGGACCGGCGCGUCCAUCUCGCCGUGCCGAUUAUCGCGACUUUCUUCACCGGCUGGGCCGCAAUGUCGCUCCAGAGUAUGGUGAGCACGUACAUCGUCGACGUGUUCCCUGAUCGCAGCGCUUCGGCUUCCGCGGCCAUGAAUCUGGCGCGCUGUCUUAUGGGUGCGGGGGGCACCGCUGCUGCUAUGCCGGUUAUUAAGGGGAUUGGCGCCGGCUGGGGAUUCACGUUGCUGGUGGGCGUUAUGGUUGCUGCGCUGGGUUUGGUGGUGGUGCAGGUUCGGUUUGGGGGGAGGUGGCGUGAGCAGGAGAGAGAGGGGGAGUAGAGUGAGGGUGGGAGAGCCGUGGGGAAGAGUUUAGGAACGUUUGGUGGGGUUGGGUAAUGCUAAUGUUUGAUCUUUUUUCGUUUCGGACGUACCUAUUGUAAUAGCGGAAGUAAAAGCUUAUACGAUUACUCACUUAAGCGUAGGUAGGAGCCUUAUAUACAUAUAGGUCUUUAAUCCACUUCCAG